UCUCUCUCUCUCUCUCUCUCUAAUGGCGGAUUUCCCUCCCAACUUAGAUGACGGAGAGCUCUAUCUGCCCUCUGACAUCUUCCCAAAAGAGAUUCCACCCAACUUCACUACUCCCGACGUGUUCCCGUCCGAGCUCACCUACAUGGAAGACCUCUCCCAACAGCUCUCCUCCUUCAACCGCCCAACCCCCCAACCACCCUUACCUCCUUUACUGCAGCAGUUCCGGCCGGUUCAGCGUGUUCAAACCGGUUUUUGCUCCGGGCCUGGCGGGUUUCCUUGUGCUCACUGCGGCCAUCCAAGUGUUCGUGGAUUCUCUGCUGAUUACAGACCCGGUUACCAGUUCCAACCGGCUAAGCCGCCUCCGGCCCAGUUGGAGCGGUUUGUGCAGGGAAGAGGGAGGGCUUUCCAGGGGCAGACCCGAUUUUUGCCGGUUCGGGUUAGCGGUUCGGGUCCGGCUGGGACCGGAGUUUUUCUUCCUCGGGUUUUUAAUGCUGACAUGAGAAAGAAAGAUGGCAUGAGAAGUGGAGAACAGAAACAACCCAUGAGAAAUGUGGGUUUGGGAAAACAGGUCACUAAAUUUCAACAUCCAUACGAGAAGGUUCUGCCUCAGGACUGGACUUACUGACCAUUCUACUAUAAAAAAAAAAAAAAAAUACCCUUUUUCUGGUAAAGUGGAUCAGCUGUCUUGAAGAAUAAGAUGAAAAAAGAAAUGAAAUAAUAAUAAUAAUAAUGUGUUUUGAUGCAUCUAUGUUUAAAAAAAAAAAAAUUGGUGAAACUGGUGUUAAGGAAAAGAAAGCUGAAGUGUUGAACUUCAAGGAGUUAUUUUCUUUUUCUUUUUCUUUUUCUUUUUUUCUUCUUCCUAUUUUCCUCUUUAGAUUAACAUGGCCACCUGGAGUUUGUGAAGAUAGGGAUACAUUUGGUGGGCCACCAUACAAAUGGACUCUUUAGCUGUCCACUCAUAAAGCGUCCUUCCAAAGGAUUGCUACCAGAGUAGUAAGCACAGCUGAUAGUCAGUUUUUCCCA